CGGCGGCGGCGGCGGCGGCCGGUAGGGACGCGGACUACGGGCAUGGAUGUUUCGGGGCAGGAGACCGACUGGCGUAGCGCCGCCUUUCGGCAGAAGCUGGUCAGCCAAAUUGAGGAUGCCAUGAGGAAAGCUGGUGUGGCCCACAGUAAAUCUAGCAAGGAUAUGGAGAGCCACGUGUUCCUGAAGGCCAAGACCCGGGAUGAAUACCUUUCCCUUGUGGCCCGACUCAUUAUCCAUUUUCGAGAUAUUCAUAACAAGAAAUCCCAGGCGUCUGUCAGUGAUCCCAUGAAUGCACUGCAGAGCCUUACUGGUGGACCCACCCCAGGAGCAGCUGGCAUUGGCAUGCCUCCUCGGGGCCCAGGACAGUCCCUGGGCGGGAUGGGUGGCCUUGGCGCUAUAGGACAGCCAAUGCCCCUCUCUGGGCAGCCACCCCCUGGAACUUCUGGGAUGGCCCCUCAUGGCAUGGCUGUGGUGUCUACAGCAACUCCACAGACUCAGCUGCAGCUCCAGCAAGUGGCAUUGCAGCAACAGCAGCAGCAGCAGCAGUUCCAACAGCAGCAGGCAGCAUUGCAGCAGCAGCAGCAGCAACAACAGCAGCAGCAGCAGCAACAGCAGUUCCAGGCACAACAGAAUGCCAUGCAGCAACAGUUCCAAGCAGUAGUGCAGCAGCAGCAACUUCAGCAGCAGCAGCAACACCAACACCUGAUUAAGUUGCAUCACCAAAGCCAGCAACAACAGAUACAACAGCAGCAACUGCAGAGGAUGGCACAAUUGCAGCUGCAGCAACAGCAGCAGCAGCAGCAGCAGCAGGCUUUGCAGGCCCAGCCACCAAUGCAGCAGCCACCAAUGCAGCAGCCACAGCCUCCCCCUUCCCAGGCCCUUCCCCAGCAGCUGUCACAGAUGCACCACGCCCAGCAUCACCAGCCACCACCUCAGGCCCAGCAGUCCCCGGUUGCUCAGAACCAGUCACCACAGCUCCCGCCACAGUCGCAAAGCCAGCCUUUGGUGUCACAAGCACAAGCCCUCCCUGGACCAAUGUUGUAUGCUGCCCAACAGCAGCUGAAAUUUGUCCGUGCUCCGAUGGUGGUCCAGCAGCCGCAGGUGCAGCCCCAGGUGCAGCAGGUACAGCCCCAGGUGCAGCCGCAGGCGGCAGUGCAGACAGCACAGGCUGCCCAGAUGGUAGCUCCCGGCGUCCAGAUGAUUGCUGAAUCCUUGACCCAAGGCGGGAUGCACGUAAGAGCCGGGUUCCCGCCUACCUCCACCAUGUCUGCUCGCCCGUCAAGCUCCAUCUCUUUGGGCGGACAGCCCACGGCACAGGUCAGCCAAAGCAGCCUCACCAUGCUGUCCUCACCGUCACCAGGCCAGCAGGUACAGACCCCACAGUCGAUGCCCCCUCCCCCGCAGCCAUCCCCACAACCUGGCUCGCAGCCCAACUCCAAUGUCAGCUCCGGCCCUGCCCCAUCCCCCAGCAGCUUCCUGCCUAGUCCCUCACCACAGCCUUCUCAGAGCCCAGUGACAGCACGCACCCCACAGAACUUCAGCGUCCCCUCUCCUGGACCAUUAAACACCCCUGUGAACCCCAGCUCAGUCAUGAGCCCGGCUGGCUCCAGUCAGGCUGAGGAGCAGCAGUACCUGGACAAGCUGAAGCAACUGUCCAAGUACAUCGAGCCCCUGCGACGCAUGAUCAACAAGAUUGACAAGAAUGAAGACAGAAAAAAGGACUUAAGUAAGAUGAAGAGCCUGUUGGACAUUCUCACUGACCCUUCUAAGCGGUGUCCCCUGAAGACCCUGCAGAAGUGUGAGAUUGCCCUGGAGAAACUCAAGAAUGACAUGGCAGUGCCCACACCCCCACCACCUCCAGUUCUUCCAACCAAACAGCAGGACCUGUGCCAGCCACUCCUAGAUGCAGUCCUGGCCAACAUCCGUUCGCCUGUCUUCAACCAUUCCCUGUACCGCACAUUUGUGCCAGCCAUGAUGGCCAUCCAUGGCCCACCUAUUGUGUCCCCAGUGGUGUGUUCCCGGAAGCGCAGGUUUGAGGAGGAUGAGCGGCAGAGCAUCCCCAAUGUGCUGCAAGGUGAAGUGGCAAGGCUGGAUCCCAAGUUCCUGGUGAACUUGGACCCUUCUCACUGCAGCAACAAUGGCACCGUCCACCUGAUCUGCAAGCUGGAUGACAAGGACCUCCCUAGUGUGCCACCGCUGGAGCUCAGUGUGCCUGCUGACUAUCCUGCCCAGAGCCCAAUGUGGAUUGACCGUCAGUGGCAGUACGAUGCCAACCCCUUUCUGCAGUCAGUGCACCGGUGCAUGACCUCCAGGCUGCUGCAGCUCCCCGACAAGCACUCGGUCACAGCGCUGCUCAACACCUGGGCCCAGAGCAUCCACCAGGCCUGCCUCUCAGCUUCCUAGCACACUUGAACUUAAGGACUGCCAGCGGCCCUGCUGCGCCUACCAGACAUUACAAGGUGUUGGCUUCUUAGAGGGCCUGAGUUAGGUUAACUCUCCUGCUUUUACCUUUUCUCUUGGGGACCUGCCAGCCGUUUCCCCACGCUUGUGCAGUAUUGUGGAGCUGGUGGCAUGAGGGCCUGGGACCUUCCCCAGAGGUUUUCCAUUGUUUUUUUUCCAUAUCCGCUCAGCAGCAUGAGAACUCAGGGCCCCAUCUAAGCAUCUCUGCUACAUACAUUGUACUUUUAUCUGGAGAAUGUGGAAGACAAGGGAACCCCUCACUAUCUCACACUUCUCCGGGCACGGUGUGGGCUUCCGGCUGUGCCUCCUACGGCGUGUGCACACAUCACAGGAAUGCUCUUGAACCCAGGGCACAGGGUUCAGUUUGGAGGAAAGGCCAAUAAGGCAGCAGCAGGUUCUCUGCCAACAGCAGGAUCUCACCUGUGUGGGUCUCCUCACAGUGCUGCCAGGAGAAGGGCCAGCUGGGGCCGGGGCUGCCGACAUUCCUGUGCCACGUUUGGUUGAAGGGCUGUGUCAGAGCUAUGAGACAUGAGUGGCUCUACCAGAUCCUGUCGUUGGCACUCCUUAGAACACGGUAUUUUCUCAUUCUCUGCUCCACUGUAAGAGUGGGGGGUUCCUUCAGAACACUGCCGCAUGGCGCUCGCCACACUGCAGCAAUGCGGCGCGCUCUGGUGAAAAGGAUUCCCCUUUUUUUAUGUGCACUACUCUGUCAUAUGAUUCUUAUAAUAAAUUUAUUAUUCCUGUGUUUGUCAGCA